GAGGAGGGAAGUUUGGGGAGAGGGACACACAAUGAGGACAGCCACUGUACGAGAGUGAUUUGACCUGCAUUUCUCUCCAGCGAUCUGCCCAACACAACAGCUGCAGGACUUUACUGAGAUUUGCGGAAAGCAGGGAAUGGGAAGACGUCAGACUCUCCAGGCUGUCAGCUGAACUACCCCGCGAAAUUUGAAAGUGAGAGAUCUCCAGAUCUUACAGCUGCCGCACCCGCGAAGGAGCUGCUCUCCCCCAGCGAUCAAGCUGAGACAGCCCCGCGUUAAAUGGAGCUGCUGCUUUCUGGUCUCAUAAACGACAGGCGGAAGAGAGAGGGGAUGGAACCGACAAGAUGCACAAAAAGAAGCCACGUGAGCCGGAAUCUCUUUGGUCCUGUGGACCAUGAUCAUCUCCAGCAGGACUUCCAGCACAUGUUGUGCACUAGUAUGGAAAACGCCAAGCGGAGGUGGAACUUCGACUUUUUGCAAGAGAUGCCAGCCGAAGGCCUUCUGCAAUGGGAAGAGCUGCAAGGCCAUGAGGUCCCCACCUUUUACCACACUUGUGUGGUAAGGGAGGCUCGCAGACCCCUGCAGUCCAUGAACCGGGCCGUAGCCAGGGAGUCCAAAUCUCACCACAAUGGCAAAGUGAUUGAGAAACCUAGGCCUGCCAAAAAGGUGGCAGGGAAGAAGCGAAGGCAAACAACUUUGACUGAUUAUUACACAGCAAAGAAGCAGAUCAGAAUGGAUAUGCAAACUCCUGUUAAGAAAUCGGCCUUUUAGAACGGAGGAACUCCUUGCCAUUUUUUAGAAAAAGAAGCUUCCCAGCUUAUAUCACAAUUUGAAAUUGUGUAUUCAAAUAACAAAUACUUUGGAGCUUCACACAGGGGAAAUUUGGGAAUAUUUGAGAAACUGAAAAUGGGAACUUUUAGAACAUCAAGAAACUCUUUCAAUAGACUGCAAUUAGACCAAAUAUACUGCAUACCCUUUUUAAAGGGCAUGUGUACCCUUUUCCUGCAUACUCCUUUAAAAAAAGAAGAGGAAGCUGGUAAUCAAGUAUGAAACAGGCUAAUUGUAGCAACAAUACACCUCAGGAUGUUGCUUAUCAGAAAAUGGUUAGCAUAAGAGUAAAUGUUCAAAAUACUAUGUAUGUACAAAUCAUGAGCACCAUUAUAUGGUCUUGCGUACUAUGUGCUGUCAUUUUUUUACUUAUUUAAUAUAUUGGCUCAUGUCAGUGUGAUAAUAAUGAUUUACAGCUAACUGAAUUUAUUUUUUGGGAUUUUACAUUUUUGAACAAGCAUACCACAUCCUGAUAUAAAUCCUGAUAUAAACGUUUGCCUAGUUUUGCACCCAAAAAUUACUUACGUAGAUAGAUCUAGUUCCCUUACUUUGCAUCAGGACACAGAAUAUUAUUGUAGCUGCACUGUUGACAUACCAGACCAUAAAAGGGUAGGUUACUCUCUAUGGAUGGGCCAAGACUGAAGUGUUAGCACCUGUUUCUAAACACAGCCCAUUAAUACUGAGAUCUUGGAAUAACUAUGUGAUCAGCAGAAUGAUGUGGUGCAGCUCUUGAUGGACAUGUACUGCUUUUGAUUGCACAUGAUCGUAUGUUUCCCCUUAACAACAGAAACGUCAUAGAAAAUUAGCAGAAGGGUUCUAACUUAGCAUUUUUUUUGACAUGCUAAUUUUGUACACCUUAUGUUACAGCAUUCAAGCAUCUCACCUGCAGACUUGAGUGGCACUGAAUGAUUUUGCUGAUGGUGUAGUCCCACUUUUAGGUUUACUUACUUAGCCAAUAUCCAGCCUGCAUCUCAUUCACUCCCAGUGACUCAAUAGAAAAUGUUGAGUUGGUAUUCUCCAAGUAUGUUAUGCUAAUGUGCCAUAAUUCUCUAGGAACACUAGACUUGCCAUUGGUAUGAAGUUGAAGAAUAUUCCUGUGUAUUUAAUAGCUGCAUUAAGAGGGAGCAGUUUGCUAAGUGUACUUUUCCCAUAACUAUAUUGAGAGUUGUUGCACUUCCAUACAUGUCUCUGUUAUGCCCCAGUAAAAGGCACAGUUAUUCCUGUAGAGUAAGAGUUGAAAGCCCUAGAUCAGGCACAUUAGGAGCAACUGGGUCUCACAGUCUUGUUUAGUCACAUGUCUUACAGGUCAGAUUUUCUUCUUAUAUCAAAAUUAUUCUGGCACCAUUUAUUUCAAUGAAUUGCCCUCACUUACAUUUUCUUAUAAACUGCAGUGUAGUCCUGCACAUAGUUCUAUAUGCUUGAGAGCCACUGAAUUCAGCUGGAUGUAAGUAUAUGUAACUCUGUGUAUGACUACUCAGAUCAAGGGUGGCUAACUUGUGAUCAAACCUGUGUUGCUGGACUCCCAUCAUCCCUGACAAUUGGCUUUGUUGGCUGAGGCUGAGUUGUAGUCCAAUAACAUCUGGAAGGCUACCAGUUAGACACCACAGGCCUAGAUGAAUAGGUUGACCAAGUAAGGAAAUGCUAAUUAUAAAAUGACUUCAUUAAGUUGCGGUCAUGAAAAUAAACAUGUAUGCUUCAAAAUCAAAUCAUGGAUCAUUUCUUUUUUAAUGUUAAUUGUUGCAAUACCAUGAGAUCAUUGAGUUUGAAUAGAUGUACUUAUUUGUGUGUGUGUUUAUGUAACUCUGUGUGGUGUGUAUUGUUCCUCCUGUAGCUCUUUGGAUUAUUAUACAAAAACCAAAAUAAAAGAGUUAACUAUUUGUGCAGAAUUAUCCGGCAUUGCAUGGGACAGAUCUUCCAGGAAUGAGUACACCAUAUAUGAAAUAUUGUGCCGCUCCUUUUUUCUGUCUUCUUCAGGGGAAAGAAAAUGGCAGUCCAAAGCUACUGUGUGAGGUAUAACUUUGAAUAGUGUUGAGUCUAUAGUAAGUUCACUGUGUAGUUCUGGAGCACUCUCCAAGGUUUGGUUUGAAGUCCACCCCUGAAUAGUUUAUAGUUAAUGCAGAAGAAACUUUUAUUCAUUGAAUUAACAUGAAUUAAUUCUGUAUCAUUAACACCCUGAUCCUAACCACAUUUUGCUGGAAGUAAGUCCCCUCAUAAGACUUACUUUCAAGUUGACAUGUGUCCAAGUUUGCACACUUACUGAGGAGUAAAUCUCAGUGAACUCAAUGGGACUUAUAAACCUACAUGCAUAUGACCAAACUGGAGUUAUUAAUAAUCAAAAGAAUUUUAAAAGAAUUUAAUUUCUAUGGGACAGGAAGAGUUUUGGAAAGAGUCUCCACAAUGUACAUUUGGAAAAACUAUUGUAUGAAGACAUUUUCAUGUCAUUUGAAUGUGUUUCAUUGCGGGAGGUUUCUUUGAAACUGACAGGAAUGGUUUCAUCAGUAUUGAAUGAUGAAUAUUAGCUUACCAUAUGUGUCCUGCAUAGAGAAAAUGUAUUAAGGCAGCAAUUAAUUUGCUUCUCUGUUAUCCAAAACAAGGUCCUAUCCUAUAUUGUUCUUUUAUUGCAUUAGCCUCUAAAACAUAUGGACAAUUAAAGCAUCACUGUAUUUAGCAACUGGGGUGGAAAAUAAAUAACCUUUUAAAACAGACAUUCUAGAAAAUUAGACUGUAGGAAUGAAUUAGCUUAGAAGGAUUACCCUUUUUGCAGUGCGUUCCAUUCAAAUGCAUUUCCUGAGCAGUGAGACCAACUGUGUUCAUUAGAGUUACUCCCUCUAGUAAGUGUGUUUAGGAUUGCAGCCUUUGAAAGUUUUGGAAACUUGAUCCAGAUAUAAAAAGCUGCCUUCUUCUCCACCCCUGAAUGAAAAGACAACUCUUUUCUUUGUGCAGAAUAUAAAGUGUACAUAAAACAUUAUGCUAUGAAUGAUACAUUAUAUAAAAAGUUUAUACGUAAAGAGAUGUUACAUGCAAUGCUAUAUUUGUUUCAUAAAUAAAAAUGUUGAAUCUA